AUGAACAUCGAGUCCGAGGAAGACUAUCCGAUACCUCACAAGAUGCCCGGCGUGCAUGCAGGUGGGGUGUCCGGAGCCGCCACCACUCAGGUUCAUUCCACACAUGAGCGUAACACCGGAACCUCGGUGCUGCCCUCGGCGAAGGCUAAACCUGCGUUCCGUCUGAGUACACCCCCUCGCCCGACUGGGCGCAACACUCUCCACCCCUUUGGGAACGCCAGCGGACCUGUUGUGGGCAGCGGGUUCCCUAGCUCAACGCAAGCGCGCUCCCCAGUCCCCCCUGUCAUGUCCCCAUCAGACUCACCUGACCCAGAGUCGUCUCCGUUUCGCCGCUCUCCGACAUCAACACCACCGAGGCUGAGUGCCCCGCCGCCGUUAUCCUCUGACCCUCCUGCGGGUUUCUUCGCGGCCGCAAGUCAGCAGCCGUCGAUGGAGGCGUCCAGCUCCAAGCCGCUUCGGAAUCCAUGGCACGCGCUCGCGGCGAUGUCGGGGGCUCCCACGCCUGGUUUAGAGAUGCCCUCGUCCUCAUUGCGUAGCUCUGUCCUCGGUGACCCCUUCGAGCAGCUCAACAUUGGUUCGACAUGGAGCCAGCGUAAUCUGAGUCAAGGAGGCUCAGAGUCGCCCGCGCCUGGCCCGAGUUCCACAUCAGCAAGUGAUGCCAACGGCCAGAGCGGCGCGCCCAGCGGACCCGUCAGCGCUGGCGGUCUUGGGGCCAUGUCGAGCUUCGAUUCGCGCAGAACCAGCUUCCCUGGAAUCCGACCACCGCCCAUGGCUCUCGGUCGACGUCCGUCUGGGCCAACCGCCGGAUCCCCCACCGCCCCUUCGACAGGCAACUCGUCAUCAUCCCCUCUUUCAUCAUCGACAUCGUCAUCGAGCCCAAUCAAACCCCUUGCUGUCGACGCCCUCAACAACGUGAUCGGCGAUGGAGCGCAAUCGCUUGUUCUAGACCUUCGACCUCCCUCGUCCUAUGACGCAUCUCACAUCGAAGGAGCGUGCUCUAUCUCGAUCCCCUCGACGCUGCUGAGAAGACCAGGGUUUGCGCUGCCGAAACUCACACAAAUGUUGAGUCCCUCCUCUCAGACUGCGAUCUCGCAGUGGCAGCACAAGAAGGACAUUGUUAUCGUCGAUCAGGACAGCAACAGCCUGGCCGACAGCAACCUGAUCCAGGCGCUCGCCACGAAGUUCGUCAAUGCCGGGUACUCUGGCAAGAUUUGGUUUGUCCAAGGCGGUCACACUGCAGUCGCCGCGAGCACAUAUUCAAACUUGGUGUCGUCCGACAAGCACGAGCACGAGAAUGAUCAGCCGGAUUCUCCUUCCAGAGGUGACACAGUGCCUCCACUGGGUCUUGGGCGCCUCUCCAGACUGGCUUUCACGCAGGGAUCUACGACGUCACCGUUCAUGAAGCUUCCGGCCACGACGGCGGCGAAAGUGCACGCGAAUCCGUUUGAGAUCGACAAAACUCUCAUGGGGCAGGCCACCGCGGGCGGCCCUCCGCGGAUCCGGCCAGGCGAGCCUUCCAGGUCUCGAUUGCAACCGGCGAACCCGUUCUUCGACAACAUUCGUCAGAAUUUGGAAUUGUCGCAUGGCGGAAUCACAGAGCGCAUUCCCCUGGCGCUCUCGCCCUCUAUCGUUGAGCGCGCUGGUGAACUGCCGACGUUCCUGCGGGAGCUCGUGCAGAUGCCGGAGAAGGACAGCAUGGACUUGCUCGCGGAUCAAUUCUAUCGCAUCGAGCUCGGCGAGCAGCAGCGUCUGCAAGCGGUCAUGCAGACGUUGUCGCGGACAAACGGCUGCGAGCCGGAUGCCACGACGACUGCACGUAGCGCUGAUGAGGUCGAGCAGUUCAUGGCUCGGGACUGUGGCAAGAAGUACUAUCCGUUCUCGAUCACUGCCGGUGUCGAGCGAGGCACAAAGAAUCGCUACAAGAACAUCUGGCCGUACGACUUUUCUCGUGUUCGCCUCGGCACUCCCGCGGAGGACGAAUCGGAUUACAUCAAUGCCUCCUUCGUUCAGCCCCGCGGAACCAGUAGGCGGUAUAUCGCCACACAGGGACCUCUGGACGCCACCUACCGCGACUUCUGGACUCUUGUUUGGGAGCAAAAUGUGCACGUGAUCGUGAUGCUGACCAAACAAUUCGAGGGCGGUUUAAUCAAGUGCGGCAACUACUGGUCGGAGCAGACUUAUGGCCACUUGCGUCUGCAGCUUGUGUCUGAGAGCGGCGGAAAGGAUGUCGUCGACCAGUCCAGAGUGUCUGGCUUCGAUUUUGGCUCGCAUGUGCCUGAGGAGAGCCCAGCCCCUGCUGGCAACAUCAAGCGUGUCUUCCAUCUGUGGCACAACGAUGAGGGUCCUCGCAAGAUCACCCAGAUCCAGUGCACGACUUGGCCAGACUUUGACGUGCCUGACUCACCGGAGGUGCUCCUGAAUCUGAAGAAGGACGUGGAUGGUGCCAUCGCCGAGAUGUGCACUGGUGUGGCGGACCCUUGCAACUUGCCACCCAUUCUUGUGCACUGCUCCGCCGGUGUCGGUCGAACUGGUAGCUACAUCCUUGUGGACGCCAUCGCGGAAGCUCUCCGCAGAGACCUCAUCGACCCUCACCACAGGCGUCCAUCCGCAAACUGCGUCCAAAGCGCAGUCUCGGAGCCUGGAAAGUCGGUGUCGUUUGCUGAUUCUUUCUCCAGCGGCAGUGACUCUUCGCAGCAGAGCAGCCAGUCCCCCGUUUCUCGGAUGGACUUGGACAAGCCGUCUUCCAAGUCGGGAUCGUCGGAGAUGGACCAGGACGAGACAGACUUCUCGUCGCUGUUCUUGCCUUCUGAGACGGCGUCCCGCCACAGCUCCCCUUCCACCAAGAGCAGCCCCGACUCUGAGCAACCUGUGCCCGUGACGCAGAGCCACCGUCCCCAUCGCCAGCCGACGUCCAUUAGCAGGAUGAAGGAGCCGAUCUUGGACGUCUUGAAGGGCAUGCGUGUUCAGAGGAUGAGUCUGGUUCAGUCUCUGCGCCAGUAUCUCUUCGUUCACCGUGCCAUCAUCUCGUACUAUCUGUCCUGCCUGGAUGACGACGACGUGAAGAGGGCUCGCAUGGAGACGGAGGCCGAGCAGAACACUCGGUCUUUGAACGCAGCCAUGUCGGGCUUUCCCUCGAGUGGCACGACCGAAGCGCACAACGAGCCGGUGUCCACCGAUAGCGGCUCCGGCUCUGCAAGCUCCAGCGCCAGCACCAGCGCAGGUGUGAAGCCGAACGGACGCAGUGGCAGUGCCGAGAGUGCCAACACUGGCAGCUCCGGUUCCUGCGGAGGUUUGUCCCGGUCAUUAGGAGGAUUGACAACUUCCACAGCAGCGACCUCGUUGCCAGCCACGGACGACGAGUCCAACUUCAAGCGGAAGCCGUCUGCCACGGAUCUGGCCGAGGCAGACGCCCGGCUGAGAUCGAGCCUGCGAAAGAGCCACCAGGGGUUCGAGUCGGACAGCAGCAGUGGUUUGUCCAAGCGUCCCAGCUUUAAGAAACGCCGGGGCAGCGGCGGCGAACGUGUCCCCGUCCGACCCGCGCGAGGCGAAGCUGCGACGGCUGGAACGAACCGUCCUUCCACCGGGGAGUGA